CUUUGCCGCGCGCCAUGGCCGGGUUGCUGGCGCUGCUGGGUCCCGCGGGCAGGGUGGGCGCCCGGGUCCGGCCUCGCGCCUCCUGGCUCCUGGGCGCCGCCGCUCCCUACGCUCCGCGCCCCUUGUUGCUGCCGCUGCUCCAGCCCGGGCCGGACGCCCCGCUGCUACGCGCGGUCCGCGGGGACAGCUGCGGCCGCCAGGACCCCAGCAAAAUCACUGAGACACCAGCGCCGCCCGUCAGCAGCACAGGGGAAGAAAAGCAAAGCAAGUCACAGCAGCUUAGAAAGAUUUUUCAAGAGUAUGGUGCCGUUGGCGUGUCACUGCACAUUGGAAUCUCACUAAUCUCCUUGGGCAUAUUUUACAUGGUGGUUUCAAGCGGUGUGGACAUGUCUGCAAUCCUGCUUAAACUCGGAUUUAAAGAGUCACUGGUGCAGUCGAAAAUGGCGGCGGGCACAAGUACCUUUGUGGUGGCCUACGCCAUCCACAAGCUGUUUGCCCCGGUGCGAAUCAGCAUCACCUUAGUGUCUGUGCCCUUCAUUGUCAGAUAUUUUCGCAAAGUGGGAUUUUUUAAACCUCCAGCUGCAAAGCCUUGAUGAUCUCUUCAAACCUAUUUCUUUUAAAUAGAAAUUCUGGGUUAGUUUUAGGAUAGAGCUUUUCUGGGGGGCGGGGAGGGUGGGGACAGGAAGCUAAUUGCUAUGUUCUGGUAAAGUUUUACCUUUGGCAACAAAAUUCAGGUUCUUUUAAUAAUUGUAAUUAUUUUGCUUUACAAAUGUAGUUAAUGCUAUUCAUCAUAGGGCUUAUAUGCAUAAUCUAAAAUGUCAGCAAAACAUCACAAGUUGAGUUGUCAUCUCAAACGAAACUGUUAGCCUACAAAACGCUCCUUCUGGAAGAU